GUCGGGUCGUCUGAGGAGGUGCUUGAAGAUGAGGCCCCAGAGGCACAGGAUAGAGAUGAUCUUUUCUCCAUGACUCACAAUGAAAGGGAAGGAGUAGAAAGAGCCAUUUCUCUGUGAAGUAUCAGGGUAAAAGGAAAAGAAGUAUGAUGGUCAAGACUCCACAGAGGAAGCAGCAGGAUUGUGGAAACCAAUCCAAACCAAUGUCUUGCUUAAGUGUCUCAAUCCCUUUGAGGAUGUCCAGUCACAUAUUCAAGAGGCCAGUAACCAGAAUCACAUCCUAUCCUGUAAAUGAGGUCAGAUGCCAUCACUGGGAGGAAACCCUGAACAAGCCCCAGCAGAUGUGCUGGCAGAAGAGGCUGCAAGGUCUCCAGGCUUAUAGCAGUGCAGGGGAACUCUUAAGCACGUUGGAUCUUGACAAAGCCUUGCAAAAACUUGUUCCUAGGUGCUCAAGUGAAUAUCUGCCAGGUGUUCUUGUAGGUGGUCUGAACCCCAGCCCCACGCCCACCCCUGCUGGGUCUUCAGAUUUGGUAAAGGUGAUUCCAGGAGCUGGUCUGGGUAUCCCACAGCUUCUGUGCAAACAGUUUCUGGUGACUGAGGAAGAUAUCAGGAAACAGGAAAGGAAAGUGAAGAUAGCGAGAGAAAGGUUGGCCAUGGCACUGGCUGUAGACAGACUUGCUAGAGAGGCAGAGAAAAUGAGGGGCCAAGAAGCACAUCCCGAAAAACACCAUGAGAAAAAAGAGAAGCUAGUGCAGGUGAAAUGGAGCAUGGGACUUUAUUAAGGUCUCUUUGCAGUGCCCAUGGUGCCUUCAUAUGCUCCUGAGCCCUCGAAACUUUAAUAUGUACUGGUACUUUGCUUAUAUUAAAUUAUUUUGUGUGACAUAGACAAUAGACACAGUGAUCUUUUUGAGCUGCGAGAUUGGGUUUCAGGUGAGGAAAGAAAGGAGGUCUUUCCUUUCCAUGAGGUACUGUUAUCUUCUCUUACUCUGUACGUUAUUUGCAUUUUAAAGUCAAAAGAGAGUGAUCAAAGUCAUGGCAUUAUUUAGUGUUCUGCCUUCACAGUCAGAGUAAAACAUGCCUGGUUGAAAUGGACUAUUCUUUUUGUGUUAAGAUUCCAACAGAUUCCAACAUAAUUUUUUUUUAUGUUCUCAAAGAAGAUGUAUGUUUGUAGGUCUCUAUUUUUCUGUUCUUUGUUGCAUGUUAAUUCAGAAUUCAGUACAAGGAAAUACCAGACUUUUCACUUUUCAAAAUAUCUCUGUGUGUUGGAAAUCUGAUUCCCAAAAAUGGAUGUGCCAUUUUGGGGAUCCUGAUGUCAAAAGAGACUGUUUUCAGUAUUAAUCUAUCACUGAACCACACUGCUCAUUGGGAUUUAAUUGUCAAUUUGCUUGAGCAAACUGUGGUAAUAUUUAAAGCCUUUUCAUCAUUACUUAACUUUUGUCUCAUGGGUUCAUCAGUUUCUGAGAAUGAGUUUUUAAAAAAUAAU